AUGUUAGCGCCGCUGCCGACGACAGUCGGCGUCGCGUCCAAUGGUACUCAUGCAGCAGUCAACAAGCUCCAAUUUCAAAUUGCAGACGUUAUUGCCGGAACCAGUGCAGUUGCCACUCCGUCAGGAGCAUCCGAUUCAGCAAUCGCCUCGUCGUGCUUGAAUAACGAUAUUUCGACUAUUACGGAGUCAUGGCAGUCCUUUACGGUCAUGGAAUACAUGACAAGCCUGCUGUCUGCUGCUCCACCUAGUGCGACCGUCGACGGUGCUGUCGACGGCGUUAUGCUCAUGCAUGACGAUGUCAACCCGCCCGGCGCUGUCUGUACUUACACUUCAAAAUGUGACGCUAUUGGUUGCACUGAGGUGAAAGACUGGGACAAUGGGAGCGACCUCACGGUACAACGUUUCCUUGCCUACACCGCCAUGGUCAACCUCAACAACUACCUCUAUAAUAUCUACUUUAGCCUGUUAGAUUCGGGCACAAUAGGUGGAUUGGUGAGCGGUAACAUCGUCACAGUGUUCUUCACGAAUCCAUCGCCCAGUGCUACUUGGAAACAAAUCAUGGGCACUGUCACUCCACUUCUGGGGCUCGGUUCCGCUAUCCUUGGACCAUUGAGCGCCGCCAUCAGCCCAGUCCUCGGAGCUCUAAGUGCAAUCUUCAGCUUCAUCGCGGCUUUUGCCACCGCGAAUAGCAUCGGACCAGUCGUCGACCAGAGAUUCAGCGAGUACUCCACUAUCACCGAUUUCAUCGGAAAUUAUCUGAAAGGUACAUCUACCGGAGUAGAAGCUGCCUUCAACAGCACCAUCGGUUCAAACUCAUCUAUUGCGGAGUGGACCGAACUGUUCACAGGCGGUUUCUGGGUGCAAUCGGACUACACUCAAGGCCUCGAGACUGGUAUACUCGAUAACUUUGUUAAGAUCUUUACAUACAAAGCCAUCAAUUUCGCAUGGAUCGACUCCGGCGUGUUUAUCAUGUAUGUGCCAUAUGGAGUAGCUAUUAAAGACACAAAUGGCAACGUUCAGCAGCAGGGAAUCGAUCAGGACUACUGCCAGAAUAGCUUGAAGGAUACUGAUAAUCUUGGAACACUCACCAUCUGCGAUGCUCCUGGUGGAAUGGCCAGGAUAUUUAAUGCGGGCGUAAUCAAACCCGACCAGAAUCUCAUGCCAACCACCCCGCAAGGAUGGAGCGAACCCUUUUCCGUCCUUCCCAGUGAACCCUUCAAUAUCACAAGUGCGAUCAAGGGUUCAGUCGCCUCAUGGCAAGUUGGUGACUUCAACUACGAUGCCGCAAGCCAAUACCAAGAUGCAUUCAGCUCGGGCCAGCCCCUCACAUCGGAUUUAGUCAAGGCACUGCAGGCUCUCGACAUCGCACCAGAGACGGCCGGCUUCUUCAACAUUCCUGUCUGCGCAACGUACGACCUUCGAUUCUUCCCACCCGCUGCUUCAUCGGGUGGCCCUGGCUUCUCCUGUAACGCCUGCGGUCAAGGGCUGGGCGGAAAGCCCGGCUCCAGCGCCAAAUUCUGGGACAAUGCGAACGAAAUCGUGCAAGCUGCCCUCACGGCCCCUCCCCCGUGCACGCAGGCAUAUGAGACGACAGUCUGUGUACAAAUCUGUCCGAGCGAUCCUUAUGGCCCAACUUCCGCCCAAAACGUCGCCGGCGGCUACGCACCCGGCUGGUGCGGCGUGCACGUGAUCCAAUACCAACUCAACCAAGGUCCCGGAACGGACACGAGCCACUACAGACUCACGGUUACGAUCUUCGACUCCAAUCAGGUUGAAAUCAGCGCCUCGAACGACACCGUCGUUGAGUCACCUCAGGGUGCUUGGACUCCAUUUUACAGUAAGCUACCAAGUACGCUGAACAUCCAGGUCGGGGCGGUCGAUAGCGAUCCGCUGUGGUUUGAGUACCCCGAGUUUGGGGAGAUGAAAGUCGGGAUUGCUGACGAAGUGGUUGAUGAGGGGAGAGCAGGAUUGGAGGGUGAGACGGGGAGACUCGAGGCCGUAGUAGCAGAUGGUAGCUCAGUCGUCUGUUAG